CAAACUCCAAGACAGCUCUCCACGCCUCUGUGUAACCUAUCCUAUUUCUUUAUGCACAUUUUUGCUCCUUUAAAAAAUACUUCUUUCCGAACUCAAGCCAGACCGGCUAUGCAUUCAUGCCCAAGCAGCCAGCUUCUGCUCCUCCCCAAGCACUGGGUGGGGCUGGGACCAGCUAGAGGCCCCCAGCGUCUGAGGGUGUUGCGUCAAACCAGCCUGGCCUUGUCUCCACCUGCAGGGGAAGCUCGCUGACGAAGGCUCUGUGACAGAAAGGAGAGGGGCCUGACUGAGAGUGAAAAGCUCUCACUCACCUUGCUGCCUCAUCAGGAGUGGGCCAGCACUCAGCCAUGAUCAGGAGUGGCUUCCAGGUGGUGGCAAGACUCGGCCACCACAGAGCCCUCCCUGGUACAUGCCGUAUCCUGCCCAGACUCAACCUGACCUCAGCAAGCGGAUCGUCCACGGACUCCCUGGUCUCAAGAUUCUGCCCAGAGAAGACAGACUUGAAGGAUUAUGCCCUUCCCAAUGCUAGCUGGUGUCCAGACAUGCUGAGCCUGUACCAGGAAUUUCUGGAGAAGACCAAGGCCGAUGGCUGGAUCAAACUGCCCUCCUUCAAGUCCAACAGAGACCACAUCCAGGGGCUCAAGCUGCCAUCCGGGUUAGCAGUGACCUCGGACAAAAGUGACUGGCGCAUUUUCACCAGGUGCAUCCCAAUGGAAGGACAAGGCUACGAGUAUGUCAUCUUUUUCCACCCGUCCAAGAAGAAGUCCGUCUGUCUUUUCCAACCAGGCCCUUACCUGGAGGGGGCCCCAGGGUUUGCCCACGGAGGGUCCCUGGCAGCCUUGAUGGAUGAGACCUUUUCUAAAACUGCCUACCUGGCUGGGGAGGGGCUGUUCACACUAAGCCUGAACAUCAGGUUCAAAAACCUGAUCCCCGUGGGCUCUCUGGCUGUACUAAACGUCGCCGUGGAAAAGAUGGAAGACCAGAAGCUCUACAUGUCCUGUGUCGCCCAGAGCAGAGAUGGGCAGACAGUCUAUGCCAAGUCCUCAGGUAAACAGGUUCUUCACCCCCAGGCCCUGUCUUGCCAUCACCACCACCCACCCACCCCCAGAACAAAGGGAAGGGACAAUGCUGAGGAUCCAGUCCCAAGCUGGGGUCCAGCUUUUGAGCCUGGGGUGGGGCACGUGCCGCAGACACAGCUGCAGCUGGAAGAGGAGUCGUCCCCAUAA